CCACAGCUAUGAUGCCCGUGCCAGCCUGGAGCGCGGCACCAUGGGGCGGGGCGUGGGUGCCAGAAUGCUGCUAGGCGGGGGCGGCACCUCUCUCCUCAUACGCAAUGUGCACAGAAAGGACGAGGCAGAGUACAGGUGUCAGGUGCACUUCCGCCUCUCGCCCACCUGGACACAGAGGCUGCUGCUGCGUGUCCCGGACCGUGUGUGGGAGGUCGUGCUGACAGACAGGGAAGGCAGACCGCUAGAGGGCAGGACGGUCGGGCCGCUGCAGGAAGGGGCAUCUCUUGACCUCGCCUGCCAAGCUAACCACGGUUCCUCGGAGGUGAUGAGCCUUGUGUGGCUACUAGAGGGCGAGGUAGUGGACGCAACAUGGGCCUCACCGGAGAAAGGGGUCGCCAUUAACCAGGUAACCCUAAGUAAUCUGCGGGAGGAGCACAGGAACGCCCAGCUCACCUGUCGACUCACCUCACGCGACCCACAGCGAGGCCACGUGAGCGAGAACAUCACGGACGCCUCCACCAUGAUCACUAUGUACUACGUGCCCGAAGCUGAGUUGGUGGUGGAAGGGGGGCACAGGAGUGGGGGAGGUGGAGGCAGGGAGGUGGAGGAAGGACGCAGUGUAAGCUUCCUCUGUUCCGUGAGGGCUGAUCCACCUGCCUAUAACAUCACCUGGCUACACAAUGGGCGCGUGAUGGUCGUGGGGGGAAGGCGGUGGCGGCGGGACAACGCUUCCCUGGUGGUGACGCCCGUGCGGAGGGAGGACGCGGGCCUGUACACCUGCCUGGCAUCCAACAUUGAGGGCGACGGGCACUCUAACGCCGUGCAGCUCAGAGUGGCGCACACGCCAUAUUGCUCGGGACGCCCACACAAACACCUGGUCGUAUCGUCACAAGAUAACGUAACUCUCACGUGUCAGGUGGAGGCAGUUCCUGAUAAACUCGACUUUACCUGGAGGCUUGUCCCGCCCCCCGCCACGCCCCCGAGCCUCAAGGGGGCCGUGGGGGCGAGAAUCGGGGGGCAGGGAGUAAUGCAAUGAUAGGAGGUAGCAU